AUGUCCUCCACCAAGAUUCUCACGCGCGUACUGGUCAUAUCCGAUACCCACGGCGCAUCCGUACUCCAACAGAACCUCCACACCAGCGCAGACGUCCUAAUCCACUGCGGCGACCUUAGCGAACGUUCCGAGCUCCCAGAAUUCCAGAACACACUCAACCUGCUCAAGACAAUCGACGCACCCCUAAAAUUGAUCAUCGCAGGAAAUCACGACUGGACGCUUGACCCCUUAAUCUUCGCGGCCAAGUUGAAAGAAGCCGGUCUGGAAGCUGACGAUGAAAGGGUCAUCGAAACGUAUGGGACACCUGGACAAACGAAGAAAUUACUCCAAUCGGAAACCGCUCAUGGUAUAAUUUAUCUAGAUGAAGCGAUCCAUUCUUUCCAAUUACGAAAUGGUGCAGAAGUGACGGUUUACGCGAGUCCGUAUACGCCUUCCGUCAAUGAGUGGGGCUUUCAAUAUGGCCCCAGCAUCGGACAUGAAUGGAAGAUGGAUGCUGACCGUAAAAUCGAAAUCGCUAUUACACAUGGCCCUCCGCUUGGCCUGCUGGAUCAAGUCGGGAAGAAGCGCGCGGGAUGUCCGGGCCUUUUUGAUGCGACCGCGCGCUCGCAGCCGCAGUUACAUUGCUUUGGACAUAUCCAUUCAGCAUGGGGUGCGCGACGCGUGGCUUGGAAGCCGAACCUUGCGGCCUCGGAUUUGUUGUCUCAUUUCACGGCGAUUGAUAAUAACCAUUCCGCGGUGCUGGCAACACUGAGCAAACUUGGUCCUCAAAAAUACGACUCGGACAAAGAGAAGGAAGCUAAGGAGCAAGCAUGCCGAGCGAAUGACGAGCGUGGGUUUUGCUUGGCGACGUUGGAGCAGAACCGAGAUCAAGGUAGCAGUCCGGCGAAGACACUGUUCGUCAAUUCUGCGCUGGGGGGUAGCAACGAAGACGACCUGGUGAAGCAAUUGCCGUGGAUGGUGGAGUUGCUACUCCCACGUUCGGCGACUGAGUCGAAGAAGCGCAAAAGGGAUGGCGAGGAUGACCCAAUCUCGAAGAGGGACGGCGGGUAUGGUGACGGCGUGCCUUCACUUGUUGCGUCGAUUUCCAACUGA